CGUAAAGAACCAUUAUUUCAUACAUAUAGGUAGCAAUAAGUUAACGUGCUGUCAUUUAUGAAUAGUUCCAAAAGUUUUCAUUAUCCAAUUGAAAACAUUUGUCUUAUUUUUAUUUUUAUCAUCGUAUUAUUAAUCUGAAACUUGAUUACACUUCAUUUAGUCAUGAGUGGCUACGAAAGUCAUGUGAACGAGCGUGUUUUACCACGAUUCAACAAUGUAGUUGACAAGGAUUUCAUUGUUUUUCACAAAUGGAAAAUUUCAACAUCAAAGUCUCAUAUCCUCAAAAGUAUUUGUACAAAUAGGGAGCAAUGUAAAGCAGAAGAUAAAAGUUGCUGUGAACUUUGUGUUUAUCGCUAUGCACUAGAUUUGCCUCAUCUUCCUGACAUGGUAUUCCAUAAGAACAUUUUAACUCUGGAACAUGAUAAUGGAGCUGUGUUGACUUUUAACCCAAUAGAAGCACUCAAGAGGGUACGCAAUGAAAAACUUGAUAUCAAAGUCAGUUGCUCUGACGAAUGGCAAGAGUCGCGGCCACGGGACAAAACAAAAGAGAAACUAAAGCCAUUUGAUUGGACUUUCUCGACAGAUUAUCAAGGCACACCGAACGAUAAAUUCGUCAUUGAGCCAACUGACUUGAAAAUAGAUAAAUUCAAACUGAUGGCUAAGGAACAAAUAUUGUUUUAUAACGAUCUCACCCUAUUCGAGGAUGAGCUUCAUGAUAAUGGAACUUCUGUUUCCUCUGUUAAAGUUCGUGUUAUGCCAUCAGGCUUCUAUAUUCUUCUUCGCUUCUUCAUGAGAGUUGAUAAUGUCAUGAUCAGAAUGAACGAAACACGUUAUCACUAUGAGACUGGCAAAGAUUUUAUCAUUAAAGAAUACACAAGUCGUGAAUCUACUUACGAUCGAUUGAGAAAGGUCCCUCCAGCUCUGUUUAUCUGUCCAAAUGAGAUUGGAGAACAUUUGCCUGUUACUUUAAUUAUGGGAAAAAAACGUUUCAAUGAAAAGGGUCGACAAAAUGUCGAGACUAUCAUUGACAAUUCCAGUACUAAAAAGAUCAAACUUGAUAAUGCAAUACAACAAAACAAUGAUGACUAUAAAUCAACAAUUGGCGAUGAGCUUCUCGUGUUGCCAUCUGAAAAACGUGCAACCAAAGUUAAAAAGGUUCAAACAGUGACGAGAAUUUUAUCAAGAAAACAAAGAAAGCGAUUGGAGAAAAUUGUUGAGAAGAAAAAAAAGAAGGAAAAUAGAUCAUCAUUAUUGGAAGCUUUAGCUAACGUUCAAAUACCAUCAGCAGAACUUAAACAAUUGACAUCUUUGACAGCUGUGCAAACUAAAGGUUUAAAGAAGCAUUUCCAUGAACAAAAAUAUGGAAUAAAAGAUGUCAAGAGAAGUGAAAAUAUCGUUGAUGAUGAUUCAAAGCUGACAAGUACAUUAAAAGGCAGUAAAAGAAUGUCAAGUGACGAUGAUUCAAGUGAAGAUGAAAGCAAAAAGAAGACAAGAGAUUACAAUGUUGUAGGUUUACAAGAAAGUUCUUCAGAUUCGGAAUUUGAAAGUGAAAAUGUUGAAGAAAUAGAGAAGAAGCAGAAAGUCGUAAGUGAAGAAUCUAUUCCUGAAUUAAAACCUGUUGAAGAGGUUCAGGAAUUAACAGCAACUGAUUCAAUUGAAAGAAAGCCUGCUAAAUAUGUUCACGUUGAUCGUGAUCCAGAAAUUCAAGCAGCACGUUUAAAGUUGCCAAUAAUUGUUGAGGAACAAGUGAUUAUGGAAACAAUCAGUGGGAACAUGGUGACGAUUCUUGCAGGUGAAACGGGAAGUGGUAAAACAACACAAGUUCCACAGUUUCUAUAUGAAGCUGGUUAUGCUUCUGAAGGAAAGAUGAUUGGAAUAACCGAGCCUCGACGUGUUGCUGCAAUUGCAAUGUCACAACGCGUUGGUCGUGAAAUGAACUUAUCAACUAACAUUGUUAGUUAUCUUAUCAGAUUCGAGGGAAAUUGUACAGACGAAACGAAAAUCAAAUUCAUGACUGACGGUGUUUUAUUAAAAGAAGUUGAAUGCGAUUUUCUUUUGCAAAAAUAUUCAGUCAUUAUUUUAGAUGAAGCUCAUGAACGAAGUGCUUACACAGACAUUUUGAUUGGACUUUUAUCUAGAAUCAUUCAGUUGAGAGCAAAACAAAAUGAUCCACUCAAACUCAUCAUCAUGUCUGCGACAUUGCGUGUUGAAGACUUUACAAAGAAUACGAAACUUUUUAAGGAACCUCCGCCUGUUAUUAAAGUCGAUGCUCGUCAAUUUCCCGUCACAGUUCAUUUUAAUAAAACCACAGCUCAAGAUUAUGUUCGUGAAGCACUUUUAAAAAUAAUUAAAGUUCACACAAAACUUCCUGAUGGCGGAAUUUUAGUUUUUGUAACUGGACAACAAGAAGUUCGUCAUCUUGUGAAGAAACUUCGGAAUUUGUUUCCUUAUUCUAAGAGAAGUGAAAGAAAAAAUGAAGAAAAUGAAGGAAUUAAAGAAAAUGAUGACAAAUUUGAUUAUUCCAGUGAUGAAGAGUUGGAAAACAUUCUCAAUGUUCGCAAAGCAAUCAAACAUCAAAAGAAGAACAAAAAAAAUUUUGUGACUCAAAUGAAUCUUCCAAAAAUUAAAUUAGAUGACUUUCAAAUGCCUGGCGAUGAUACAGAAGUUGAUUUUAAUCAAGAUAAUUUAUCAGAGGAUGAGAUUGAUGAAGUUGAUGAGAAACUUAAUGAAAUGAUGGUUGAAAGUCACUCAUCGCAACCACUUUGGGUGCUUCCACUUUAUUCACUUCUUCCAAGUAACAAACAAGCUCGUGUGUUUGAGACGCCGCCAGAAGGAACAAGAUUAUGUGUUAUUGCUACAAAUGUUGCUGAAACAUCUUUGACAAUUCCUGGAAUUAAAUAUGUCAUCGAUUCAGGUCGUCAAAAAACGAAACUCUACGACAAAGUGACGGGCGUGAAUGCAUUUGUUGUGACGUUUUCCAGUAAAGCAGCAGCCGAUCAACGUGCUGGUCGUGCAGGUCGUGUUGCUCCUGGUCAUUGUUAUCGUCUUUAUUCGAGUGCUGUUUAUAAUGACGAAUUUGUCGGAUUUUCACCACCAGAAAUUCAAGAAAAGCCAAUCGACGCUUUGAGUGUGCAAGAAGUGUUGCAAGAAGUUCCUUUAGCUGGUGAACAAGGAGAGAAAGACAGUAAAUGGAGAACAAAAAGAAAAACUUGGGCUGGAAGUGGAAAUUCUUUAAUGUUAGGCGAUCCAAUGAUUCUUUUAAAAGCAGUUGGUGCUGCUGAAUUUUCUCAUUCACAAGGCAAACUUCAAGAGUUUUGUGAUGAGAACGGUUUAAGAUUAAAAGCAAUUAAAGAAAUUCGUAAACUUAGAAUUCAAUUGACAAAUGAUAUUAAUCUGAAUGUUCCGAAACUUGAGCUUACAGUUGAUCCAUUGAUGAAACCGCCAAAUGAUCAACAAUCGAAAAUGCUUCGACAGAUUCUUUUGUCGGGACUUGGCGAUCAAGUUGCAAGGAAAAUUCCUGAUGAAGAAUUAAAACUUAAAGAUCAAAAGCAUAAGUUGAAGUAUGCUUAUCAGAUUCCUGACAUGGAAGAACCUGUUCACAUUCAUUCGUGUUCGAUAUUGAAGAAGAAGACGCCAGAAUGGAUUGUUUAUCAAGAAGUUUACGAAACAAGAAAUGGCGAUGACACGAAAAUAUUUAUUCGAGGAAUUACAGCAAUUGAACCCGAAUGGUUGUUAAAGUUCGUGUCGAGUUUGUGUAAUUAUGGAAAAGCUUUGGAAGAGCCUGAACCAAGAUAUGAUGCUGAGAAUGAUAAAAUUUAUUGUCAUGUGAAGUCAACUUUUGGAAGAUCCGGUUGGCCUUUGCCAAUUGCCGAAAUUGAGAUGCCAGAAACUCUUGACAAAUAUCGAAAUUUUGCUAGAUUUCUACUUAAAGGAGAAGUUUUUCCAAUGCUUGAAGAUUUCACAAAAAAUCUUCUCAGCUCACCAUCGACAAUGACGAAAAGUUGGUCAAAGUUAAUGCCAAGAACUGAAAUGAUUAUGAAUGCUUUGGCGAAUCAACAAGUUGACUCGAAGGAAAAGAUGAUAAAAGAACUGAAAUUGAAUAAAAAUUUUUUAUUGAAACAAUAUUUAAUGUGGAUACCUGAAGCUUUACAAUUCAAAGUGACGACAGUUUGGAGUGAAUUAAUCAACUAAAAUUUUUAAGUUUAAAAUUUGAAUUUAAUUUAAGUAAAUAAAUUUAAAUAAACUUUCAAAUUUGUUGUUUCUGAGUAUAUCAAACAAGAAGCGAUUCCUCACGUGUUACCAGCAUUUCCAGCAUCUAAUCCGGUAUCUAAAAGGCAACAAAAUCUAUCGUUAAUAAAUAUUUAUCCUGCUGUCGUGGAACUAAUGACUUUCCUUCACUUUCUUCGAACACGUUUCCUGUUGUUUCUUAAAAUGUAAUUUUAAUCUUUACACCAUCUUCAUAAAUAAAAGUAAGAAAAAUUUAAA